AUGACUCCCGAAACUCCAUGUGCUCACGCCGCGCCUCUGCUGGCCGCCAGUCUACCCACCAAACCCGCACUUCCAGCCAUAUCAGCAGCUAUAGCCAGGCUUUGCGAGGUUCUUGGGCAAUUCACCAGGGAUUAUCCUAACAUGCAGAUUCCGACCUUGUUUUCCCAGUUCUCACUAGGCGUGGCCUUUGCUCUUUUGCCAAGUGUGUCGAUUUCAAGUCCGUUCUUCCUGCCUUCUGCUAGCCAGAAUCUGAUCAUGAUUCUACGACUACUGCAGCGAGCGUGGAAGUUGGUUCCUGUAAUCAAAUAUGGUGCUCUUAGCAUCAAACAGGCGGCUUCCCAAAUGUGCACGUCGAUACCUUACGAAGCGGAAGCGAUCUUCGCGUCUUUAGAGCUGGAGAUCGCGCUAGACAAAGCCAAAGACAAGAUGAGUGCCGCCUGGGUAGUCGACCCAAGUACAUCCGAUGUCGGUUACCAAGGAGGUAGGGUCGAUGACCUGAUCAAGGACCUCAAUGGACUGAAUAUAUGA